AUGAACACCAACGCUCGUCGAAGAGGUGCGAAAGUCGCACCAUCCCACUAUCCCCGCAUCGCAUUCCAUGGAUUACGUUUUGCGCAAUUGAUUUCGGCGACGAUUGUGGGAGGUAUUAUGGCAUACUUUAUCUAUUAUUUGCGAGCUGAGCGAAUUCCAAUCCCAUGGACUUUUAUUGUGCUCUUGUCGAUAUCACUUGCGACAGUCGCUGUCCUAAUUCUUACGAUCAUCCUCUAUAAUUUCACAUAUUUGUCGCCAAAAUUCAAUUGUUUGCUGAAUGGUACGGCGUCAAUUUUUUGGAUGUUGGGCUUUGCGUUGUUGAGUUGGAAUCUCAGUAAUACGUUGAAGAAGAGUUGUGAUUUGCAGACUUGGAGGAGUGGUGUAGCAAUCAGCGUCUGUAGGGAAUAUAAGGCUCUAUGGACAUUUACUUUGGUUGGGACAUUGUCUACAUUGGCAGCAUUAGCUUUGGACAUUUGGACACACAGGAAGACUACAGAGAGAGGCGUUUAUGUUUUGCCUGAGGAUGAUAAGAAUGCGGCCAUGUUGAAGGAUAUGAAUGGUAAAAACAGUCAGACCAAAGGGUAUGAACCCAGUCGGGGAGGAGCUUUCGAAGAGGAAAUCGAUAUCGCUUACCACAAUCGAUAUGGUGAUGACGCAUUGGAGAGUGUGGGAUAUCAUGACAGAGUGCUUCACAAAUAG